AUGAUCUAUGCUCUGUUCAUAUCUAUCUAUCUAUCUAUCUAUCUCAGUUUGUUCAUAUCUAUCUAUCUAUCUAUAUAUCUAUCUAUCUAUCUAUAUAUCUAUCAGUUAAUUUCAUAUUUAUCUAUAUUUGUUCAUAUCUAUCUAUAUCUAUCUAUCUAUCUCAUCUCUUCAUGCAUCUAUCUAUCUAUAUAUCUAUCUAUCUCAGUUUGUUCAUAUUUAUCUAAGUUUGUUCAUAUUAUCUAUCUAUCUAUCUCAGUUUGUUCAUAUCUAUCUAUCUAUCUACAUAAUAUCUAUCUAUCUAUCAUAGUUUCUUCAUUAUCUAUCUAUCUAUCUAUAUUAUCUAUAUAUUUCUAUUAUCUAUCUAUCUAUCUCAGUCUGUUCAUUAUAAAAUCUAUCUAUCUAUCUAUCUAUCUGUUAUCUAUCUGUUCAUUAUCUAUCUAUCUAUUUAUCUAUCUCUUAAAUGUCUUUAAUUUUAUUAUAUAUAGAAUCUAUCUAUCUAUCUCUUCAUCUAUCUAUAAUCUGUAUCUUUAUCUUAUCUAUUAUCUAUCUAUCUAUCUAUCUCAGUCUUUUCAUUAUCUAUCUAUCUAUCUAUCUAUCUAUUCAUGGCGGAGGGAGGCUGACGGUCACCAGGCGAUCAUUGAUCCCCUUCCGAUGAGCCGCCAACAUGCUGACCAGGUUGGACUUGAUAGCAAAGCCAACUUCUGCCUGGCGUCGUUCGUUGCGUCUACGUCCAAUCCAAAAGAAUGUGUAUCGGCAGUCUGCUCUGUCAUGUGUCCUUCCUUUGUUAGACGGGUCUCACUGAGCGUGGCAGUAUGCACAUUGUAUCGAGAUAGUUUGAUGGCAAUGAGGGCAAUUCGUCUCUCAGUCCGGCCAGUCCCCUUACGGUCCAAAAGAGUGCGCACAUUUCACGUAUCAAAGAUGACUGCUGUCACCGUAGGCGAUUUUACCGCUGGUAUGCAACCACUGCCAACCGCGGCAAGCUGGACAGGGAAAGGAGUGCUUCGUCGCCCAGGUGGCAGCCAAAUUCCAGCGCUGUCUAGUUCACUGAAAACGACAAUAUGGCCUGGGCCGCCUACGCGUAGAGUUGUGACGACGACUGCCACUGCGUCCGCACAUGUCACCUGGUCACGCGUCCCUCGCCGCUGGACCUGA